GAGAAGCACAGCGAGUAAACCAGCAUAAACGGUUUGUGUUAUCUGUCAUUCCACUCAAUCCACACUCAUUCCGCUCGUAGAAACGUCAAAAUAUGUAAGAAAAGCGAGCGUUUCGUGCGUAGCUAUUUGUUAUUCCGUGUUGUGUUUGGUGAACUUUUACAUUUCGCGUCGCAGGCCAGAGUCCCGUGCAACGCAAUCUUUGGGAUCCACAUCCCACCGAAGACGAUGCCCGCACAUCAACGUGCGACGACGUGAUCGGAUGUAGGCCCCUCGCAACCGUUCGCAAUGUAUUUCCCGAUCGGUUGGCCUAAAGUUUUAAAACUGCCUGAUUUGGGCGACACGCGCCUGAAACAGGUCACGUCCAAUAGAGAUCGAAUUUUAUUUGCCAUCCUCACAGACGACGCGCUAGCGAUUUGGUUUUGUAAGCCAUGUGUGCCAAUUGUGGUGCACCGAAGAUCAAGAGACUCGAUAGAAAAUCUAGGAACAAAUCUUUUAGUUGAAUGGAAACCAGAUUCCAGUAAACUGGUGAUUGUUACAUCAGAAGGACAUUUACUAUUUUAUAGUCUCAAUGUCAUCUCUGAUCAAAAGGGACUUUAUGUCCAAACUGAUUCACCACAUGCAAAUCUGCGAAGGGACAGUGCAGAGCUGUUCAUUAAAGAGAUCAUUCCACCUUUACAAUUAUCAUUGAGCGAAGAGGCGAUGGUAUGGGAUGGGAAAAUCACGAGCAUUGUGUGUAUUACAAUGACGGAGGUGAUGGUUGCCACUAGUAAUUCACAUGUGUUGAGAUACCGCUGGGAUGGGACGCAAAACCGCGACUAUAACUUAGAUUUAAGACGGAUUCCAUUUUGUAUUAAUCAACAAGUAUCCAAAGCUGUGCCAAUUGUCGAAGAGAACACUUAUAUAAUAACCAUAGAAUAUUCUCCGCUAGUGGGAGGCUUCGCAAUCGUGCUGAACGACGGCCGGGCUGCAUUUCUAACGGCAUCGUCUCUACGCUUCGAUCCUAAUCAAGUACAAGGAAUUUGGGCACAAGGCAUCGAAGACGCGACUUGUGCGAGUGUCAAUCACAAAUACCGGUUGAUAACAUUCGGACGUGCAAAUUCCGAGUGUGUAGUUUAUCACAUCGAUGAAAGUACCGGUGGCUUAGCAGUCUCGCAUCACUGCGUAUUAAGCAGUAAAGACUAUCCGGGAUGUCCGGGCGCCGUUACGGAACUAAAAUGGACGCCCGACGGCUGCGCAAUGGUAGCCACGUGGAAGAAUGGCGGCAUUGCGAUGUGGUCAACAUUCGGCGCUUUAUUAAUGUGUUCAUUGGGUUGGGAUUACGGUUUGCAUGUGGAUUUACAAAGGGAUAAUCCAUUACAUGUUGCAUCGAUGGAAUGGGGCACGGAAGGUUAUCAACUGUGGAUGAUCCGUAAGCAGUUUACAAAAGACACAUGUGAUAACAUUCAAGAUCCGAAUGCGAAUCCGGUGACGCCGGAGGAAGUCAACGGUGAUAACGACGAUGACAAUUUUACGACGAGUUUAAUUCAGCUCGACUUUGCAAAGAGCGCGCUGACGAUAAAUCCAUGCAUGAGUCAUCAAAGUCAUUUAUACUUACAAGGGGAAGAUAAACUCUUCAUCAAUUCAGCGGACACGCUCAUCAAGAUAUUCUCCGAUCGCACUGCGAAUAAUAAAGAUGAAGGUGUGUUUGGUGGCGAUGCGUCGCCGGCGUCAACGAAACCACUCGCUGAAGGUCGACAAUGGCUUGUGAUUCCUGUUCCGUCCACGUAUUCAGCAACCAACUGGCCGAUACGAUAUUCGGCGAUUGAUCACGAUGGUCAAAACAUGGCGAUUGCAGGCCGUACGGGUAUUGCGCAUUAUUCCAUGCUCACGCGCAGAUGGAAACUCUUCGGUAAUGAGAGCCAAGAGAAGGAUUUUAUUGUCUCAGGCGGUUUGUUAUGGUGGCGCGAUUAUGUUGUACUCGCCUGUUAUAGUAUCAUCGAUAAUGGUGAUGAGCUGCGUUUUUAUCCGAAGGAUUGUAAGCUGGAUAACAAAUUCGCGCGGAUUGUACGCGUCGCAUCACCGAUUCUGCUUAUGAAUAGCCUGCAGGACACUUUGGUGACUUUCGGUUCGGAUGGACAAGUUGCCAUCUGGAAUAUUAAACAGAUUGAUGCAGCUGGUAAUGUUGAUGUGUCAAAAUUACAAGUUGUUGAUAUCUCCGCGCUUUGUGUUCAUCCAGCUUGUAUAGUCUCAAUAACUCUGACAACUUUACGAGCUGAAUCCGGACGCGGGCAGAAUCAAAACUCCGAAAGUUUGGUGCUUAACGUCAGCGGACGUUUAUUGUUGGUGCAAAGAGAGACGCGAAAUGGCGGCAAGUUUACGUGUUCAAUGCCCACUGUGUUGGCUGGAUGUGUGGAGAAUGUUUGGGUCCCGGAAGGCGGAAAGGACAAGGUGCAUCUCACUGAAGCGUUGUGGUUGUUUUGUGGUGCGCAUGGCAUGCGUGUUUGGUUGCCGCUGUUUCCACGUGACGGUGAUAAAAGCCACACGUUUAUGUCGAAGCGUAUUAUGCUGCCGUUUCAUUUGCGAAUCUAUCCGUUGGCGAUUCUAUUUGAAGAUGCAAUCAUUCUCGGCGCUGAAAAUGAUACGGUUUUGUACACGACGGAUUCCAAUUCGCCAUUUUCGCUGCCGUUCAGUGUCCUACAGAGAACUAGUCAAGUCUAUCUGCAUCAAAUCCUUCGACAAUUAAUUCGACGUAAUCUUGGUUAUCACGCUUGGGAAAUCGCGAGAAGUUGUACAAGUUUGCCGUAUUUUCCGCACUCGUUGGAGUUGUUGCUGCAUGAAGUGUUGGAGGAGGAAGCGACGAGUAAGGAGCCUAUUCCAGACGCGCAACUGCCGAGUGUGAUUGAGUUUAUUAUGGAGUUUCCGGUGUAUCUGCAGACAGUGGUACAAUGUGCUCGCAAAACGGAAAUUGCUCUGUGGCCAUAUUUGUUUUCAGCUGCUGGCAAACCAAAGGAUUUAUUUCAAGAGUGCAUGGCUAAAGGACAUUUGGACACUGCUGCUACAUAUUUAAUUAUUUUACAAAACCUUGAAACCUCAUCAGUAAGUCGACAAUAUGCAACUUUACUCUUAGACACAGCGCUAAACCAAUCAAAAUGGGAACUCGCCAAGGAUCUGGUCCGUUUCCUGCGCGCCAUUGAUCCCAACGACGUGGAAUCCCCGCGAAAUUCGAUGAUCAUUCCAAACAAACUCAAUCUUUCACAGCCAGCAACUCCGGUUUCACCUAACGCCGAAGACAUUUCAUUGGUCCUCGGUAAUGUGCAGCGCGUGCGCAGUUACAGCACAUCCGUCACACCAAAAAUCAACGAGAAGAAUCAAAUCACACCGCUGAAUGCGAACUCCAUUGCUGAAUCACCGCUAGUUCAACGAAGAAAAAAGAGCAUGCCAAACAGCUCCAGUCGAAGUGAAAAUCGUGACUCAACUAAUAGCAACACAGCCGAAGAGUUCUUCAUUGAUGUUAUACUGCAACGACAUGCGCGCCGACUGUUGGCGCAUCAUAAACUCACCGAUAUGGGAUACUUCGCCGCGCAUCUUGAUUUCCAUCUUGUCGCAUGGCUAGGUAAAGAACGCGAACGCGCCGCGCGGAUUGACGAUUUUGUUUGCGGUUUGAAACAACUGCACGAUGAUUUUUCAUGGCCAUAUCCCGUUCCACAUGGAUCACUCAGUAUACCACUGAGUAGAUCACCACCCGAGAGUCCCAAUAUCGACGAAAAAUUCAAACAGUUGCAUAUGGAUUGUAACAAUCACACGUCGUCCAGAGUCGGGGAUUCUGGUUACAUUAGUUAUCAAGGCUUGUAUACGGGUUUGUACACUCCUCAGAACACUCUGGAGUUGUCAUCGCAGGUGACUGAAACACCUAGUGAGCCGGAACCGGAUAGUCCUAAUACCGCGAUUGAGAGGAAUUCGUUUAACGGAAUGAUACGAACACAUUCGAAAAAUUACGAGUCAUUGCGCAGUAAUGGCGGCGAAAAGCGUGUGUUUUUGUAUGAUCCACCGAGAAGUAGUAUUGGUGGAUACAGGAUGAUGGAAACGCAAAUUCGGGCGAAUGCUGAUGAUACAAUGAGUAGUAUCAGUUCGGUUUGGGGUGAGGACAGGGAGUACAUUGGGACGAGUUGUAGCAGUGAGAAUUGGGAGGUGCCUUCCACGCAGGUGCUGGAACAAUUGUCAAAUGCGGGAAGUAAAGGAUCACAACGUUCGGAAGUACAAUUAAGAUAUUUAUUGCAGUUAUUUAUGGAAGCAAGUUGCCUGGAGUGGUCCUUACUGAUUUCAGUACUGCUCCGUGAUGCCUUGGCUGUUUUACGAACAGUGAACGCAGCGAAAUCGCCGGAUCAAUCAAUCGAGUCCGUCAAACGACUCAAACAAGGUCUGCAAAUUCUUCAUUAUUGGACAGACACCCAAUGUUUGGGUUAUAAGCCUUUCAUGUUAGCAAUCCAGAAUCAAAUCUCCGUCCUGUCGACGAUAUUGGCGACGAAAAUCCAGCACGAGCAGAUCCUCGAGCAUCAGCGCGUGAUCUCCGCGACUUUGAGUAAAGUCUCCGUUGCUCCCAUCCCACGCUCUCGGAAAUCAAGCGCGAAUCAAUCCGAAACCAACUCUAAAGACCGUCUGAGUGUUACCAGCGUCAAGGAAGAACCGGAUAUGAGCCAAUUGUCCGCGAAUAGUCACGAUGAGUCUUUACCUCAGCGCGAGGCACUGCGGCGUGCGCCAUCCCCGAGAGCAAUUGCACUAUUUCUUAAGAAAUUACGGAUCUUAAAAAUAAAUCAUUUGUUGAAUGUUCACACAGAAUUAACAACUACUAUUAAGUUGAUUACUUGGCCGGGUGCUCUUAUGAAUUGUUAACCGUAAGUUUAUUGGGUUUUUGGGGCAGAGUUUUAAUUGACAGUUAAACAUUGGUUAUUUGCGCACGGAACUAAUUUUAUUCGCUGUUCAUAUGAUUCUAACGAAAUUUCUAUUUAUCUUAGUACAAUGAUAACAAUGAAUGUUUGUUUUUAAUAGGUUGUUUAGUAUUGUUGGUGACUAGCUGUAUUAGAUGUCAAUUUCUAUAAUAUUUAUUUACACAAUCGAGAACGUACUAAUUAUAAUUGUAUUUAUAGCGUUUGAUCAGAAGUGUACUAGAGCCUAACUUUAAUCAAUUAUGUUAUAACAUUGCGAGCUGUUGAGUUAGGUUAAGUCGACUCUGACGUAACUCGACUUAACCUUACUUAAUCUGAUGCCAAUUUGUAGCAACAAAACCAAUAAUUAGCAUAGCAGCAAUAAUCAAUCAAAGUGCAUGAAGCUAGAUAUCAGAAGCAUAUAGAAACGUAGUUAUUUUUGCUAUCGGAACUACUAUCUUAAGUUUUUGGUGCGUUGUGCAAUCGGAGGAUUCAUUUAAUAUGAUGUGAACUGACUAGAGAAAUCAAUUUACGUAAAGAACGCUAGCGGAAAUGGGAAGGAAACUGUUGUCAAUUUUGAAAUGCAAGUAAUUCGUCCUUUAACAAUUUAAUUCAUAUGUAUAAUAAUACUAAUAAUAUAUAAACAGGAGUAAAAAUGAGGAGAUAAUUAAUACUCGCGAACGUUUUGUGUUCGAUAUAAUAAUUCGGUACAUUUGGUUGAGAAACGCAAUAAUUCCUUAUUGUAUCCGAUGUAGUUACUUGUUUAUACAUAGAAAUAUUUAUAAUGCAUAUAUUAUAUUACUAAUUGAUUAAUCAAGCAAAAAGUAAUGCA